GGUAUUUCUGCUUUUAUUUGUACGAUUGUGGGUUGCUUUUACUGUACACCUUUUUAAGCAUUCACUAAGUUGAAUCAGUGAGCGUCAACGUCCUAGGGGUGGAGACUGUUGGAUACGUCACCACUAGAGGAAACGCCGCCUGACCAUUACAGACUGAGAGCUAAAAUGAAAACAAAACGCGGACACGCCUUCUUUGCAAUUUACCUUCGUAUCUAAAUUUGGAGCAAGCCUAUCUAGUAACAGUAAGGAACAGUGAUCAGUAAUCACCAUCGGGCGAAAAGCAGGUGGAAACCGUGCACUUGUCAGACUGUAUCCGAUCGACUGUGGAAAUGUUUGUCAACACUCACUGAUAGGUCGUGCUCAUUUGUGACAGGAAGGAACACCAUUAUGCCCAACCAGAAAACCAACAAAGGGAAGCGAAAUAAACGCACUAACAGCAGCGGCGACGAACAAGAAAAUGGAACCACUGCAUCAGGGGGGGCCCAAGGAGGUGCAACAGCGUUAUCAGGAGGAGCAACGGUGGGACCAUGCCAAGACAACAGGGGUGAGGCCCCUUGUGCCACCCCUCUUGUCUGCAGUUUUGGAAGAGCCAUUAACCUUGAAAAAGAUGACUACCAGAAGGUGCUGUGCAACAGUGAUGGCUGCCCCUACAGCACCUGGAUGCACUUGCAGUGCUUUUACGAGUGGGAGAGCAGCAUCCUAGUGCAGUUUAACUCCAUAGGCCGGGCUCGGAGCUGGAACGAGAAACAAUGCCGUCAGAACAUGUGGACUAAGAAGGGUUACGACCUUGCCUUCCGCUUCUGUUCCUGUCGCUGUGGUAUGGGUCAUCUGAAGAAAGACACAGACUGGUACCAGGUCAGACGCAUGCACGACGACAGAAAAAAGAAAUUAGUGUUGGAAAAAAGUGUAGGAAAGCCCAUCAACUCCUCAGGAGGAGGGGUCCCUGGCGGGGAACCCCCAGAAGACUGCAAAAAAUGGAAGCAGCCCAUUGGCAAUAAGUUGGUCCCUAGAAUGCCCAGUCAUGAUCCAUCCCAGCGCCAAUUGGUUGACAGACAGAACUCUCUGGAGAGGGCUCAUGGAAGCUUGCUUAAUAGUGUUGGUAACCUUGGACCUCACUCUCCCAGUGAUCUACCAAGUCAUUCCCCUCCCUCAGGCUUCUCCUUCUUAUCCCCUAGUACUUUUGUGGGACCUCGUAGCUCUCGACACUUGGGUGAGUUCUUGAAGAACGCUAUCCACAUGGAGAAUCACAGAAAGAAUGUUGUGACCGGUGGAGUGUCUGGCCGUGGCAGUCACAUGGAGCACAUAGGUGGGUGUCCGCUGCCACACCUGGCCCCAGGGGACAGUCCUGUACAGUUCCUACGGAGGCUUGACCUGUCUGAGCUGCUUACUCACAUCCCCCGCCACAAGCUGAACACUUACCAUGUUCGAAUGGAAGAUGACGCCUAUGCUGGACAAGGAGAGGAUCUGAGAAAAUUCAUCCUGUCUGCCCUCAGUGCUUGCCAUCGCAAUGUGGUGAACUGUGCUCUUUGCCAGCGGACGUUGCCCAUCUUUGAGCAGUUCCCACUUGUUGAUGGAACCCUUUUUCUCAGCCCCUCCCGACAUGAGGAAAUUGAAUAUGAUGUCCCAUGCCAUCUACAAGGGAGACUGAUGCACCUCUAUGCCAUCUGUGUGGACUGUCUGGAAGGAGUCCACAAAAUUGUCUGUAUAAAGUGUAAAUCGCGAUGGGAUGGCAGUUGGCACCAGUUGGGGACUUUGUACACAUUUGAUAUAUUGGCAGCUUCACCAUGUUGUCAGAGGCAGAACUAACGGACCUGGCCGCUCGGGAGGAUGACAGGGAGGCCUGACAUACAGAAGGGAUGACUCUGGAGGCUGGGCUGGAGGUCAACGGGGGCCGGACCGGACCGGAGGCCUGUGGCGAAGCCGGAACCCUUCUGGAGGCCAGGCAAGAGGCCUGUGGCGAACAGGCUUGGCGUUGAAUCAGGAGCUAUGGCAACGGAAUUAGGAAUGGGAUCUGGAGCCAACAAGGGAAACCAGUCACAUUCAUACACAAACUCAGAAACACACUCAUACUCAUAUAUGGAACAGACUCGGGCACAGGCACCACCUCGUGGACAGGAACCAUGGAAAAGAGGAACCACCUCAUGGACAGGAACAACCUUGUGGACAGGAACCACCUUGUGGACAGUUAUAACCAAAAUCCAUACCUUGGCAGAUUUUUUAUCUGUUGGUGUAGAGGCCUUAUCCUCUAUGGCCCUUAUUCUAAGUCCUUUAUUCUUUAAACAAUUUCCGAGGUAAAGGCAUAUUUAUAUUUGUUAUACAAUUGUAUGUUUAUUAUUAUGCAUAUUUUUCAUUCGUCAUUUUUUUUGUGCAUCAACUUUUAUGUCUAUUAUGUUAUUAUUGUAUGAUUAUAUGUCCUUUUUGGCAGACGAUGAUACAGUAGAUGUUAACAAGAAGAUAUAUCUUUGGGUGAAAUCUUACUGAAAUACUUUUAGUUAUGUGAAUAUUUUUUCUUUAUUCUUUCUUGGUUUGUUCCGUAAUUUCUAUUAGUUGCUGGACAUGUCUAAUGAUUUCAUAGUUAAUUGGCCCACUUACCAUUCAUUAAUCGUGUGACCAAUGAAAAAGUUUAAAUAAGAAGGUAAACAUUGACAAAAACACACAAACUGAUGUAGGUCUCGCCAAAAUGUCUCUUCCCAAAUAGUGAAGCAACUGCAGAUUCUGUGUGAGUGCCAGAUUCUGUCAUCAGCACUUGGAUUAUGUCAUGGCUAUUGUGUCUGAUGAUUGCAUGAUCAAGCAUAACUGAUUCUGCUACUACAGGCUUGAGUUUCUCCAUUACUAAAGAAAGAAACUUAACCCGUCUGAAGUCAAUAAUUAUAGGCCUGUCUCCCUUCUCCUGAUUUUAUCAAAGAUUCUUGAAAAAGUCGUCUUAAAGUAUGUUUCUGAUUUCCUGCGUCAGAAUAAUUUGCUGGAUCCUAAGUUGUCUGGUUUUAACAAUGGUCUUUCUACUGAUGCUGCUCUUUUGUCUGUGACUGAAGCCUUGAGAGUUGCAAGAGCCUCUGCUUAGUCACCAGCUCUCAUUUUACUUGACUUUGACUUGAUGAAUCAUGAAAUGUGCAUUGCUACGCUGUCCAAUCUGGGCAUUGGAGAAAAAUUACACAGUUGGUUUCUCGCUGGACAUUCAAUGUUUCUUGGCAGGGACAAAUGUCUUAAUCUCACCACCUCUCAACUAGUGUACCUCAGGACUCGGUACUUGGACCCCUCCUAUUUUCAAUCUACACCACAAUACAUCCCCCCCAGAUGAAUCUCAGCAUCCCACAGUGACAUCUCAGUUUGGAUGAGGGACAGUUCCUUUCAGCUCUGUCUUUUGAAGGUCGAGCUUCACACGGGCCCUGCUCAUUUCUGCACUAGACUGUUGCAGCGCUGGUCAUGGUGGCCUGCCUGCAUGUGUAGUGAGACCAUACUGAUCCAGAAGAUCCACAAUGCGGGAUUGUCUGCCGGUUCUGAUUCACCCUCUCAGUCUGGCCAUUGGACUCAUGAUGGAAGCCCAAGGAGAGACUGACUGAUGUCAAUAAGCUUACAGAAUGCUCUCCAGAACUAGGAGGUAAACUGCAGCCCUUCGUCAGAAACAUUGUCCUGUGGAAGACCAUACACUUGAAAUACAUGUUCACAGAUUAAUUCAGCAGUCUCAUACGCAGAAGUUUGGGAAGAGGAGUUUUUGAAAACCUGUCGACAUUGUCUAGGAGGACAGUAUUACAUUUUUGAAAGUGGAAGGGCAGUGAUGAUAUCCAUUGACAGAUGAGACCAGUGACUUUUGGGAUGGGUAAGGGGUGUAGCAGGCCCUGGGGACAUACUUGGGGCUUCUUACCUUGAACAUAGGUAAAUCAAGCCACCAAGUCCAAACAUCCCUCUCAAUAUUGUGCCUCCAUGCUUCCUUAGAAACCCCAGGAUCCUGGAUGUCCCUGACUUCAGAGUCAUAGAACUGGGAUGGGGAAAACACGUGAAAUUUAACCUAUUGAAGAAAAGGGAUUACAGGAAUGGCUGGCUUUACAGGAAUUGAGAUGUUUGUCUUGCUGGAUGUAUUGCAGAUUUUCAUGAUCAGUCCAGACAAAAACAGAUGAUGAGAGCCAUCCAGCCAGUGUUACCACACCUCCAAAGCCAAUUUCACCACCAGAAGCUCCGUUCCCAAUAUCAUAAUUACAUUCUGUAGGUGUGAGGCAAUACAAAAAAGGCACAUUUUCACAAGUCUUCUUGAAAAGUAAAACAAGUCUUCUUGAAAAGUAAAACUCCAACUCCCACAUCUGAAGCAUCCACCUCAACUGUGAAUGGUAAUGAAGGGUCAGUGAUAACCAGACCUGGAAGAGGGUCUGAUAAAGCACAGACAUUGCGGAUGAAUUUUGGUAAAAGUUUGCAAAGCAAACAAACAGUUGAACCAGUGCUGCGCUGUGCUCCCUUAAGUUUUGUCAAACAACAUUUGUCGCUUGGACUAGAAAUUGGUCCAUCUGAAUGUUACCUCUAGAAAUGACGAAGCACAGUUUGAAACAUGGAACUCAUAUUUCUCAGGUUUGACGUAAAGGUGGUUCUUGAGAAGAUGCUGAAGGACUUGACAGACAUGAUGAACACAGAGAUGCUGUUGUCCAGAUAAGAAAAGAUUGAUAUAUACAA